UUAGACAACUGAAAGUAGUGGCUUCCACUUCCAUCAGUUAUAUCAUUUAGCUUUGAACUGAGCUCUCUCCAUUGUUCAAGUUUUCUUGUUUCUCUAUCUCUUUGGUCCCUAAGAUUUGCUAAAGAUGCGUAGCAUGGCAAGCUCUACCUCUGCCAAAGGCAUAGCCGCCAUUGUAGGCGUCGGACCUAAGCUUGGACGAUCCAUUGCCCGCAAAUUUGCUCAUGAAGGAUACACCGUUGCUAUCCUCGCUAGGGAUUUGGGUCGAUUGUCAAGAUUUGCAGAUGAGAUAGCCAGGGAAGAGAAAGCCCAAGUGUUCGCAAUCAGAAUAGACUGCUCGGAUUCCAGAAGUGUUAGGGAAGCAUUUGAAGGAGUUCUUUCACUUGGAUUUGUUGAAGUUCUGGUAUAUAAUGCAUAUCAACCGGUUUCAUGGUACUCCACCAACUUCACUGACAUUAAAAUCGAUUCCUUUGAGAAAUCUCUUACGGUCUCCUCCAUUGGAGCUUUCUUUUGCGUUCAAAAGAUACUUCCGGGGAUGGUGGAAAGGGGAAAAGGAACCAUUCUCUUCACUGGCUGCUCAGCUUCACUAAAUGGCAUUGCUGGUUUCUCUGAACUAUGCUGUGGAAAGUUCGCCCUGAGAGCAUUAUCCCAAUGCCUGGCAAGAGAAUUCCAGCCUCUCGGUAUUCAUGUUGCCCAUAUUAUCAUCGACGGCGUCGUCGGUUCACCCAGUGGGGCAUCGACGUCGCAGAGAGGAUUGUUUCUGGAGCAACAGCAGCAACAGCAAAGCGGCGGAGACGUCGGGGCGGUGAUGAUGAUGAUGGAUCCGGACGCGUUGGCUCAGACCUACUGGCACUUGCAUGUUCAAGACCGGACCGCUUGGACCCAGGAGAUUGACCUCCGUCCCUCCACCAGAUUCUAUUAGCCAUUAUUCAAUAUUCUCAUUUCCUCAACUUGUUCCUUUUUACAGCUUCUACUAUAUA